UGCAUCUAUCUCUCUCUCUAUGAGAGGGAGAGACCUCGCUUCAUAAUUAAUCCCAUAAUCUCAAAAACCCAGAAAAGAAAAGGCAAAAAAUUGGAACGAGAAGAAGAUCCAGAUCAUUCUAGGAAAUAAUUAAGCAGCAGGAGGAAUAUGGUGGCGAGCACAAGCAGUGGAUCGUCGGGGAGGAGCCGAGGCGGCGGCAGCGGGCGGCAUGUGCUGAAGAAGGGGCCGUGGACUCAGGCGGAAGAUGCAAUCUUGAUGGAGUACGUGAGGAAGCACGGCGAGGGGAACUGGAACGCGGUGCAGCGGAAUUCUGGGCUGUUGAGAUGUGGAAAGAGCUGUAGGCUGAGAUGGGCGAAUCAUCUCAGGCCUAAUCUCAAGAAGGGCGCCUUCUCUCCUGACGAAGAGAGGCUCAUCAUUGAACUCCACGCCAAGCUCGGCAACAAAUGGGCUCGCAUGGCCUCUCAGCUUCCCGGAAGAACAGACAACGAGAUAAAGAACUACUGGAACACCAGAGUGAAGAGGCUUCAACGAGCUGGUCUCCCUAUUUACCCAGACGAUAUCUUGCUUCUCCACAACCAGCCCACUCUACAGACAAGAAACCCUAAUUUGUCACCUUCUUCCCCCUUUUCAACCUCCAAAUUGACCAAUCCCUCUCUCUCCCUCUUCGACCCCAUCAAUUUCUCCACUAUCAUAAACCCUAAUUUACAGCCAAUCACCGGUUCUCCGUUUUUCUCCCACCCCACCCACCAAUUCAAGCUUUUCCAGCGCUGCAAGGAGAGCAGCAACAAUUUCGCCUUGCCAUUGACGCCUUCCUUGAACUUUAAUCCAUUUUCGUCUCCUCCACCGAGCCUGUUGAACCAGGGAUUUAAUGGCCAACUGUUGCCGGCGUUCCCAAUUCAAUCAAAGUCCGUUGAUCUUGACUUUAUAGGCGGCGCCUUCAACCCUCUUGGAUUAGACGCCGAGAAAGAACUCCCUUCGAUCCAAUCUCCGGCUCUCACCGCGGCAGCUACGCCGGCUUCUUCCGUGACUACCGGCGGCGAUUACGUGAUCGGGACGCCAAGCGAUGGUGAAACGUUUUGUAUUGGGCCUGAGGCGGCCAGUAGCGGCUUGCUGGAAGCUCUUCUCGAGGAAUCUAAAGCCAGAUCUUUGGGCCACACAGAGAAGACGAAGAUGGAAUAUAUCCCAUUUGAAGAAGACAAAGGUAAAGAGAAGUGUGAUUCUGGGACUGGAAUUCCGGAAGAUGCUAUAAAUGGUGAGCUUGAUCCCAGUCCUGCUCAUUCAUCUGCUGGGAUCAAAGAAAACGACUCGAUGGAAGGGAUGAACUCCAUUGAUGAUGAUCUAUCCAGCCUGCUCAACAAUUUUCCAUUGUCUGUGCCGGUCCCAGACUGGUAUAGGGGCAGUGCCAACAGCUCGAAUGGGCAGCCAUCAAGCUUGAAAGAUGGCGAUUCAGGCCUCGAGAACCUCCUAGUCGACGGACCACAAUCUCCGGCUGCAACCAGCUUGGAGACAGCAAACCCAAAAUUGACUCUGGGAUCCUGCUGUUGGAACAACAUGCCCAGCAUUUGCUAGGAGCUGAAUUAAUAGAGACAUUAUAGCAGUGGUUGAUCUAUAUAUGUCAAAGAUUGAGAGAUCAACUUAAUUAGGCCUCUAUCUCUCUUUGAUUCAAUGCUACGGUUUCUGUAGUUCUCUGUGCCUUAUAGGUUAUGUAAUUUGAGAAAUUAGGACAUAUAUAUAUAGUUCUUGCAGCCAACAAUUGCUUCAUCUUGUUGGAUAGAGAAUGUUGUAAGGCCUUUGUACUGUUUUUGGUUGUCAUGAACUUCUAUAAGUGCCAAAAACCUUCUUAUU